UGGAACAUUUUCAUAUUUUAGUACCGUGAAAUGCUGAUGAAAUUUGGAUGCAACUUGACCGGAAGCACGUGUAAUAACAAGAAAUAUGUCAACAAUGAUUGUAAACACAUUGGGUUAGAUUUUACCAUAGAGACUGAGUGAAAACAGUAAGACGGACUGAUGGUAUAACACUGCUAGACUGGUGUCAUGGCUAGAAUCGUCAAGUUAUUGUCUCUUCUGGAAGGGAAAGAACAACAUUUAUUACAGAAGUCUGCAUCAGACGUGUUAUUGUCUGGUGGUGUGAUAGCUGUACCAACCGAUACCAUAUAUGGUAUUGCUGCGUUAUCACAGGAUGUAGAAGCUAUAAAUAGAAUCUAUAAUAUUAAACAACGUGAUUUACAGAAACCAAUCGCAAUCAGUGUCGGCGAUAUUGACGAUAUUUACAGGUGGAGUAAAGUAACGGUGAAUAAUGAUUUGUUAUCAGAAUUAUUACCAGGUCCGGUUACCGUGGUGAUGGAAAGAUCUGAGGAAUUAAAUCCACGACUAAACCCAGAUACGAAGCUGAUCGGUGUACGCAUUCCCGAUCACAAGUUUAUUCGUAGCUUAGCACAACGAUGUCGACAACCGAUAGCUCUAACCAGUGCUAAUAUUAGUUAUGAUAGGAGCUCUCUAUCAGUAGAGGAGUUUAAACAUUUAUGGCCAAAGCUGGAUCUUAUAAUAGAUGGUGGUAUUUUAAGUUCAAGUGGAGAGAGGUCAGGGUCAACUGUUGUCGAUUUAUCAACUUCAGGCUUUUAUAGAAUUAUACGACAGGGGAGUGGUUAUGAGAAAACAUUAAAGAUUUUACAUAAACAUAAAUUACAAGAGAAGUCUUAGCAUCGCAUCACAGUUUUCUACAUAGAAAUUUUACAAUUUAUUUAUCUAUAUGGUUUGAACGAUGGAGGGAUGAUUUGGCCGCAGUUCGAUUUGAGCACAUCUUUGUAUAAACUCACAUCUCAAUGAAUGCAGAGGAUAAACGGAACGAUUUGAGCACAUCUCGAUCAAUGAAAUGAUUUGAUAUACAACUGCUCAUGUAGGUAUUUGAGUUUUAUGAAAAAAUACUGAAAAUUGUCAAGUUUUUUGUCAAGGUGUAUUUGGAAGAGGCGUCACACUAAAUCUAACAUCAACCUUGUAUCAUCUGAUUUGAUAUCUAUUGUUGAUUUCUUACAAUGUCUGUGUAGUUUGUGGUGUCCGCAGGUUUGUCUUAUCUUUUUGGUUUUGUGUGUAGUGUGGUCUUCCUGCACUUACUUUAUAGAAUGAUAUUUUCAUAUUGUCACACCAAAUCUGUAAUCUCUUGGAUAUACAUACAGCCGCGGAUCCAGAGGGGAGGUUUGGGGGAUCCACCAGCCCCCCACCCCCGCUCAGCUACAUAAAAAUUUUUGUAAAACAACCUUUUUUAUGAGAAAAGUGUCAUAAUUGUGCUUUAUCCUUUUUCGUCAGAUGGUGCGACAGGAUGGGCACUCAAAGCGUGAGAUAAUGAUAUAGACAUAUGUGAUAUCACAAUUAAUGCUUUGCAUCAAUAAAAUUGAAUCACAAUGUCAUCGUAUUAAUUCAUAAUAAAAUUUGACGUCAAACAGGAUGUUGGAUUUCUCUGUUUUAAAAGAUCAAUGUGUGUAUAUACGCCAAAAUGACGAUAGAGACCAUGUAUUUCUCAAAAAAUUUCAAGCCGAGGGGGGGGGGGGAAGGGAGGAUACAUUUUCUCAGGAAGCUGGCAAACUCCCUCCUGAAAAAAUUCCUGGAUCCGCCCCUGACAUAGUGUCAGAAAUAAUUCCUGCUUUAUUAGCCACAGUCCAUCUGGUGUCUGUCAAUUUGUCUUUUUAUCAAUGUUUUAUUUAGUGAAUUAUUGUAUUUUAUAUUAUUUAAAACUGUAAAAUAUGGGGACCAUCAUUUAAUAUGAACCCAAUGUAACUCAGGUCACUCUACAAACAUUGUUUUUAUAGUUAAUUAAAUCAUGUAUCAAUAUCAGACAUUUUUGCAUUUAUUUUUAAAAUAGUUUUAUUUCGGUUUAGCAUGAUAUAUUGACAAUGUUUGAAAUUCACCAAAUGAUGUUUAUUUAUCUUUGUUAAUAGUUUUAUUUGGAUUUAAAGGCUCAAUACCACUCUUUUUGUAACUGAAUAAUAUUUCCCAAUCUUUAUUCUGGUCAACAAAUUGCACUAUUUUACAAUAUUCCAAUUAAUUGAUGAUACAAAUUUCAUCUUAACACACCUAAUUUAAAAAAUUGGAAAAAUUCAACUAAAUGAUUUGAAAAGCCUGACGUAAAUCUUUUCAAAUUUGACUUGGAUUUAAAAAUAUUUUUGAACCCUUUGGACAAGUAAAAUAGGAUUUAAUGGAUAAUUUAAAAAACAGGUAGGACACUAACACAUCUAGUACUUAGAAUAAGGCUAUUUUUUAUUUUCUGGAGCUGUCAAGACAGCACAAGUGUUAUUGUCCCUUUAACAUAUGUUGACAAUGUCUGAGAUUCACCAAAUAAUGUUUAAGUCUCUUUGUUAAAAGCAUUUACAGUUGACAAUAUGUUGACAACAUAUGUUGACAAUGUCUGAGAUUCACCAAAUAAUGUUUAAGUCUCUUUGUUAAAAGCAUUUACAGUUGAGUUCAUUGGUAGGACCAAAAGCGAAACACAUGUUAAAACAAACACACCAUGGCGAUGCUCGAUUGGACGUCCCGGAAACCCCUAAAUAGAGACGUUUGAGUGAAAAUAGGAAUUUGGGGCUAGAACCGGUGUGCCGACUGCACGAGGAAAUAUCUCAACCAACCAGGACAGCUGAAUCAUGUUCGUGGUGUUUAAUUACAUCGUGAUUCUACUCACACCACCUCCGUUGUCGGGACAGACAGAACUGUGACAGGACUGAAUUCUGUGUCACUCGAUUGCAAUUCCGUCAAUUCUGGACGUUCCAGACUGACAAUCCAGCUUCGGGCGUCGCCACACCAUACAACUGGUGUAUAUAAGCCACACCAUACAACUGGUGUAUAUAAGCCACACCAUACAACUGGUGUAUAUAAGCCACACUAUACAACUGGUGUAUAUAAGCCACACCAUACAACUGGUGUAUAUAAGCCACACCAUACAACUGGUGUAUAUAAGUUUUACAAUGCCACUCGUCUCUCGAUUUCAAUAUGAUGUCACAUUUUAAAACAAAACACACUAUAGUGAUGUCCUCGGGCGUAAUUUACAAAAGCUAAAACUAAGAUAUUUUAAGGAUUGAGCCAUUUCGUUGGUUGAGAGGUAAAAACACAUUGUAGCUCUUGACCCAUAAAAGGGCAGAAUUUUUACAAUAUUUUAAGUUUUGAUCAAUCUGGUUAAAACACAGAUCCUAUUUCGUUUUGUUUUUCAUAGUUCAAAAUUUCAUUUUAUUGUCUUUACUACACUAGGAUCUGGAAGAGUUGUUAUAUUGAGGAAUUAGCCAAUGAAAUGGUCAAUGCUGAUUGAUUAAUCAAUGUCUGACGUCAUAGGGUGUAAAGCCGCUUGUGUGACACCUGACGCUACCUCCCAGUACAACUAGUCAGAUCUUCAUGUAUUGUAGGUCAUCGAAAGUAUAAAAAACGACUUCAUGUAGUGUAGGCCAUCGAAAUUAUAAAAAACAAAAUGAAAUAUUGAUCUGUAUUUUAAAUCAGAUUGAGUUUUGAUGAAUAAGGUCCCAGGUGUAUAUCUGUUCUAAUAUUUGUGAGAUGACAUCGACCGUGACGUUGUGACGUCACAUAAUUUAGGGAAUUUUUGACUCAACCAGUGACUAACCAAU